CUAGACGUGACAAAAACGGCUAUGAAGAAUGACUCUUCAGUGACCGAAUUCAUUCUCGCAGGAUUGACAGACCAACCUGAGCUCCAGCUACCCCUGUUCAUCCUGUUUCUGGUGUAUCACACAGUCACUGUGGUGGGAAACUUGAGUUUAAUGAGUCUCAUUUUCCUCAAUUCAAACCUGCAGACCCCCAUGUACUUUUUUCUCUUUAACUUGUCCUUCAUUGACUUAUGUUAUUCCUUUGUCUUUACUCCCAAAACACUAAUGAGUUUUGUUUCAGAGAAGAACACCAUCUCCUUUAGUGGAUGCAUGACUCAGCUGUUUUUCUAUUGCUUUUUUGCCCACUCUGAGUGUUAUGUGUUGACAGCCAUGGCCUAUGAUCGCUAUGUAGCCAUCUGUCAACCUCUGUUGUACAUGGUCAUCAUGUCUCCUAGGACAUGUUCUCUGAUGAUGUUUGGCUCAUACCUCACAGGGUUUGUUGCUGCCAUUGUCCACAUAGUAUUUAUGAUCAGACUAAACUUUUGUAAUUCUAACAUCAUCAACCACUACCUGUGUGAUAUAUUUCCCCUUCUGCAGCUCUCCUGCAGCAACAUCUAUGACACUGAGCUUGUGAGUUCUGUUGUGGCCAGCACAGUAGUCAUUGUAUCUAGUGUCAUCAUCUUAAUGUCCUAUGCUUUGAUUCUUUUUAAUAUCACUCAGUUGUCAUCAGGUAAGGGUUUGUACAAAGCCAUGAGCACCUGUAGUUCUCACAUUAUAACUGUGGCCCUAUUCUAUGGAUUUGGUAUGCUUACACAUAUCAAAACAUCAUCUGAUGAGUCUGUGGUUCAGGGGAAAAUUCUCAGUGUAUUUUGUACAUUUUUGCUGCCACUGCUGAACCCUUUUAUUUACAGUCUCAGGAAUAAGGAUGUCAAAGUUGCUUUAAAGACAUCUCUAAGGAGACUCAAAGUGAAUGAAGCACUCAGAAUGUCGUAG